UGAACUUAUCUAAAAAUAACCACGUGUCAACGUGACGUAUGUCAAUGUUUUGGUCUUGAUACACAGCUGAGCAACCACCGACUUUCUGUCAAAGAUUUAGGUGCGAAAAGCGAGGAUUAUUCACGCGAAGUUAACAUAAAAAGUUUCAGGGUAAAAAUGGGUCGCAUUUUCCUAACUCACAUUGGUGGCCAGAGGUUGUUCUCAUGCUCCAAUUGUGAUACGGCUCUCACCAACAGAGCAGAGUUGAUCUCAACACGGUUCACAGGUGCAACAGGGCGCGCUUUCCUGUUCAACAAAGUUGUGAACCUGAAGUACAGUGAGGUUCAGGAUCGUGUAAUGCUCACAGGGCGUCACAUGGUCCGCGACGUGAUGUGCAAAAACUGCGAUCAAAAGCUUGGCUGGAUCUACGAAUUUGCCAACGAAGAAAACCAGCGGUACAAGGAAGGCCGUGUGAUCUUAGAGCGGGCCCUUGUUACGGAGAGCGAAGGCUUUGAAGAAAAUGUUGACAGUUAAGGGUGGACACUGUGUUGUAUGCAGAUAUCUUGCUCCAUUCAUAAAGCUCUUUGAUUUUAAAAUGUAACUGCAUUUAAAGUCGUAUUGUUCAUUGCUAUUAAUUGCAAACAUUUGCUAUUGUUCUUCUAAAUAUUUUUUUAAAGUCUGUAUUGAAACAAAUAGUAUAAGAGUUCACCACUUAACACGUUAUUUCUUACAGUACUUCAACUUGGUAGUAGUUGUGCCAUUAGAAUGAAUUUCAUCAUUGGACACCCCCGGUCUCUUCAUUACGUUACUCUCCAUUCCUAUGUAUGAGUGGAGCGUAAUCAGCAGCCGUGGGUAUCCGAUGAUAAAUGAAUUUAUUCAUGUAGUUGAUUUCGAACAUCAAAGCUUUAAAGACUGAAGCAUUGAUUCUGCAUGUGAUCUGUUCUCCAAUUACCAGUUAAGAUUUAGUCUGGUAGAGCAUUAAGAUGCCUUACUGAAAAGACAAUUUCUGUGUUAAAAGACUUCACAAAAGGUGACCAUGCUUGGCAACAGAUCUGUCCGCCAGUAAGCAGAUGAUUCCACAGUGUUGGACCUAGAACCAGGGACUUAGAGGGUAUUAGCAGUUGUAAAAGGUUUUACUGCCAACCAUACAAGUACUGGCUGUUGCAUGUAUGUUUCACAUAACUAGGGAACGAUCUAUGGUCACAAAAGGUACAGGGUGCUGCAAACAGGGACAUGGUUGAAAGCUGGACUAGUCUUGUAAUACUUUUUCGUAAAUUGUGUAAUCCAAUGAAUUAUCAAACACUUGUUAUGGUAUUAAUGUAUUUUACAUAUCACUUUCGUUUGCAAUUGAACAUUUGCAAAAAUAUUUGAAAUUAAAAAAAGAUUUCAUACUUCAUGUCUUCACCACUUUAGUGGGAGGAAGAACCAGGGCCCAGCAUGAUCCUGUUUUGCUUUAGAUCAUUCCCUAUGUAACAGUACUCAGGACAAUUUGUGUUUAGGAAAUGAAAGCAGUAAUCAGUUUGCGUAUUUAUCAAUUCAUUUGAAUUACUACUAUGUUCACAUAGAGAUAGCUAUAGUUACGCAUUCUCAUUUAAAACGUAUGUCCAUAUAAUGCGGCGAAGAAUUGUUUAGAACAAAACAUCUGCAACAUUAGUAAUACAUGUGACUCUUUGAUUUUAUUGACGAAAUUUUACAACAAAAACCAAUUAACAUCAAUGCAGUAUAUGAUUUAAAAGAUAUUUCUUGUUUUAUUUAUGACACAUUUGAGUGUGAUGACUACUGUUCUUAUGCCCACUAAAAAGAAAUUGGAUUUUUGUGAUUCUUUACUUUUGAUAUGUAGAGGUUUAUAUGUUUCAUGUUGUAUGCCAAUGAUUUGUGCUAUCUAAAUUGUAUUUCUAAUCUAAGAAAAUGUCUGUAUGCACCUUUAAAAAAUUUAAUAAGAAUUGAUGAAAAAAUUGGUAAAGAAUUUAUAAUGUAAGACUGAAUCUUAAAACUUUGAAAAAAUUAUUUUACAUAAAUGUGUGUGGCAUGUAGUGCUCAAAGAUAAUCAAUCACUGUCCAAUAUCUUCUACAAUUUACUUAAAACAACUUUCCUGAACACCUUGGCACAGUUAACUUGAUACCAAAAAACACAAUGUUCUUAUGGGCAUUCAUUUGGUACAUUUCAUAAUGAUAUCACACACAUGCUCCUAUUGUGACACUAUUAGAUUUCAGUAAAUUAGGUAGGGGGCAGUUUAUCUUAUCUGUCUGUAUUGAGACAUUUGAAUAUAUUUCUGGCUCUCUGCCCACAAUGUCUUUUGGAUAAGGAUUUAUAUUCCUUGGAUACUUCAAACUUAUUUGUUUCUGUUAAGACUGGCAGUUACUGGUUUAUAGUUAUGCUUCAAUUUUAAUGAAGAAAGUUCACAUGACCUGUCUGUUGUAUUGUUUUAAAAUAAACUUGUGUUAAUAAUUAACCAAAGUGCAUGCAGUUGACUUGGAAAUACUAUAAUCAUAAUAUAAAUGUACCAUAUCUAAUCUACCGGUGUUUUCUUUGACCUUAAUAAUGUAAAUUAUGAAAAUAUGAACUAGUAUAUGAUAUUUAAAGUGUGGGAGAGUUAAUGGUUUGUUAAGAAUUUGUUUUGUUAAUUAUACUUUAAAAUAUUGUUUAUUAUUUAUCCCUAUAUAUUUAGUUUAUUGUACACUUUGUAAAGAAGACACAAAUGCAACAUUUACUUUUUGUAGAGAAUACAAAUAUUUAAAGAUUCAAACACCGACUUGCUGUCAUGCAUGUUAAUAAAAUAUAAAAUUUUCUGUUUAGGAAUUGCAAGCCAUUCUUACAUAAAAGUUUGUCAUGAAACUUGUACAAUUUAAUGGAGUAGCAAGGUUUAGUGUAAAUAAUUACAGAUUUUUAAUUUUACUUAUUUUUUUCAAACCAGUAGUUCAUUAUAUUAAAAUAAUAUUCUGUUACAGAUGGCAAAAAAUAAAGUUUGUGUUGGUUUUAAAGAUACUUUUGCUUCAAAGUAUUUAUACAUCUUAUAUUAAUCCAUCAGAACACAAUAGUGAGAUUUGUCUUAAUGACAAUUCUAUUCAUUAUAUUUUGUUGCUGUGAGUGUGCUUUGUACAGAUUUCCCAGUUUUUGAGCUGUAGAUUAUGUUUCAUGUUGGUAACUUCAUGUUCACUUGAAUAAUGUUAAAUCAUGUUUAAUGAUAAUAAAUCUCAUUACCAUCA